AAGAUUACGUUCGAAACAAUUUUCUAACAAGUUCACAUCGCGAAUUCUCAAUUUUCAUGGAAUCCAGUUUGAUGUCUCUGCAUUUGACGUUGUUUUGCCAACUCACCAUUUGAAAAAAUAAUGCAUUUUGGUAUCAUGGAGCGUUAAGAAUUGAUAUAGGGCUUUAUCCUGGGGAUUCUGGCGAUACAAAAAUCAUAAUAAGAGAAAAAUGGUUGGCUGUAUUGGAAGAUCGUGCUUCAGCAAAACUCUUGUUAUAAACGAUCCCCAAAAAAAGUCCAAAGGUCACCCAAACCCUUCUCAAGGAAGAAUAACAAUUACUCCUUUGAGUCCAUACGGAACACAGAUAGAAACAAAUAGUACCUCAUCACGUCAAAAUAUUUCCAAUAAGUCUUCCCACGUAGAUGGAAACGAAAAUACUCUAAGUAGUACUCAGUCACGUCCUGUAAUUUCUGAAAAUGAAUUUAAAUUGUCCACUACUGAGGAAAUUCUCCACUCCAAUGGAGAUUCGAAAAAAAUUGCGGAAAAGACUAAAAGUGUUGUAGAAAAUGGAAAGUCCACUAGCGUUUUCGAGACUGUCAACAAACCUCCCAAGAUAAAUGAGGAAAAUUCUGCAAUACAAUCAAAUCAAAAUGGAAAAUUGACGAAUGUCUUCGAUACUGUCGACAAACAACCAGUGAUAAAUGGAGAAGAUUCUGAUGCCUAUCAAUCGAAUCGAAAUACACUAGAAAGCAUAGAUCAGGUAAAGCCUAGCAUUUCAUCGAUUGAUGAACUACCAAAUUCUGGAAGGAGGAGGACUGGAGUUGCUCCUAUUCCUGUUCGAUAUGAUCAAAUGUUCGAAGAAAAAUUGCCGGUUUGCAUCAAAGGCCCAGAGGAUAAGAAGCUGAUCAAAACAGCAAUCGAACAGAACGAAUUCAUCAACCAAAUCAUCUCCGAAAAGGUGGUGGACGACGUAAUCGGCGCCAUGUACAACAGAGAGGUGUCCGCCAAUGAAACCAUAAUAAAGCAGGGCGACAAAGGGUCUCAUAUGUACAUUUCGGCGAAAGGAAAAUUCCAAAUAAUCGUCAAGGGUGAAGUCGUUACCGAAUUCGAAGACGUUCGUGUCUUUGGCGAAUUGGCGAUCCUGUACAACGCCAAGAGAAGAGCUACCAUCAAAGCAAUGACUGCCGGCAGGGUCUGGGUUCUGGACAGUGAGGUAUACCAACAAAUACGCAUCGGUAAAAACAUUAAAGAGCAGGAAGAAACCAUGACCUUCUUGUCGAACAACGAAAUACUCAACGUAGUCGGCAGAGAAGCCCUACAGAUAGUCGCGAAUCUAUUGAAAACGGAGUUCUACCCCUCUGGACAACAAAUAGUGAAACAGGGUGACAAAGGUAACACAUUCUACAUCAUCAGAGCGGGCACCGUGACCAUAACGAAGACUGGCGAGGGUGUCGUAGGGAUCUACAAAAAGGGCGAUUGUUUCGGGGAGCUGGCCCUUCUCGAGGAUGACCGUCGCCAAGCGACGGUAACAGCCAAUCCACCGGGAGUAGAAUGCCUCACCCUCGCCAGGAAGGAAUUCAUCGACCACUUCGGAGAUGUCAAGAAGUUCAAGUACAUGCCCGUGGCACCGAAAGGGUCCAUCAGACCGGCAGCCGUCGAACACAACGACAUCAGCUUGAACGAUCUGAAGAUACGGAAGACUCUGGGGGUAGGAGGUUUCGGCAGAGUGGAGUUGGUGCAGCACACCAAACAGGAAAAUUUGGUGUUUGCCUUGAAGUACCUGAAGAAGGUGGAAGUGGUAGCUCAAGGUCAACAAGAACACGUGUUUAAUGAGAAGAAUAUUCAGAUGGCGUGCCAGUCGCCUUUCAUAGUCAGGUUGUUCAGGACGUACAAGGACCAGAAGUACAUUUAUUUUCUAAUGGAAUCUUGUUUGGGUGGAGAUCUAUGGAGUCUGCUACAGAAGCAAAAGAUCCGUCGCUUCGAGGAGAAAGAAGCUCGAUUCAUCUGCGCGUGCGUGCUAGAAGCCCUCGACUACCUCCACGUCAGAGGCGUCGUUUACAGGGACCUGAAGCCUGAGAACCUCCUCAUCGCAGCCAACGGUUACAUCAAACUCACCGAUUUCGGCUUUGCCAAGAAGAUAUCCGGCAAAACGUAUACGUUCGCGGGAACCCCAGAAUAUGUAGCGCCCGAGAUAGUGCUCAACAAAGGACACGACAAGGCGGUGGACUAUUGGGCGUUCGGAGCCUUCGUCUUCGAGAUGCUAUCGGGCAGAACUCCAUUCCGCACGGACGACAGCAGCCACAUGCGCACCUACAACAAGAUCCUGGGCGGCAUAGAUGCCGUCUCCUUCCCCAGCUACAUCAACUACAAGGCCAAGCACCUGAUCGAGAAGCUGUGCCGGCCGGUAGCCAUGGAACGGCUGGGCAUGCAGGACGGAGGGGUGCAGAAGAUCAAGAGCCACAAGUGGUUCCUCGGGUUCGACUGGGCGAAGCUGGCGAAGUGCGAGGUACCGUCGCCGUUCAAGCCGAAGCUGAGCGGGCCGGUGGACACCAAGUACUUCGAUCAGUUCAAGAAGGACGUGUUCGAGCCUCCGGACGAGUUGUCGGGGUGGGACGAGGGAUUUUAGAAGUGCAAGACAACGAUUAUUGAUGUACUACUGCCUUGUACGAUCCGAUAGACCGAACAGGAUAUGGAGCAAAAGUUGCGGUUAUAGUUCUGUUUUCCUUUUUAGUUUUAUCGUAAAGACGCAUUGGUCUAUAGUUGGAGUGCUCAAACUGUCGAUCUAGAACACAUCUAUAUCGUCUCACUGAUCUAUAUGAACAUUUUUUAAUCUAUGCGCUGUUCUGAUCUGUUCUUCAAGUGUCGCCAACUUCUCAAUUAUAAACCUAUUAUAUUUUGCAUAUUUUCAACAAUAUGAUGAUUCCUAUAGAAUGAGUUCAUUCACGUAAUAAUAUUGCUCAUUAUAAAAUCCUAUCUAACCCUCCUGUCAUGAAGAUUUUUCGAGUUUUUACAGUAUGUCUAAGAUAAGGAUGUCUAUCAUGGGGUAAAGUUGAUGAUGGUUUCUCCGAAACGAAACGUCGUACGGAAAAUAUCUCAACGAUGUUUUAUACAGCUUAAAAAGUGGCAAUGAGAAAGUGUAAAAAAAUAAAAACGAUCUCCAUCAUUGAAAUCCUUAUCAUCUUGGACACAGUGUAUACUCAAUAUUUUUACUGUCCUAAUUUGAUACGACCUUCUAUAAUGUCUAGGUGAAUUCGUUCUCGUAAUUAUUUUCAAAUUUGCUUGAGUUUAUUACAAUAUUUUCAGCUAUAGUUCGGUUUUCCUUUUUGUUUUAUCGUGAAGGUGCUCAAAAUGUCGAUCGAGAUCGUCUCACUAUAUAACAUAUAACCUAUAAACAACAAAUUGAAUGGAAGAACAAUGCAAGUUCUUAGUUUUACGCUUAAUAUUGAACUCUCGCAUACUGUCACUAUAUAGCCAAAUACACAUUAUGCACAAUACACCAACCGAAUCCGAUGAUCUACAACGAGUAUAUACAUAGGUACUAGACUUCAAACAGAGAGAUCAAAGAAAUGCAAUGCUGACGUUGAUACAUACUGCGCAGGUGCUUCAACCAAUUUUGAUGCACGCUUGUUGGUCGUAAAAGUUCUUCACUCUUAUCCUCAUGUAUUGUCCUUCCCUGUGUUGCUCAUUCAGUGGUUUGAAAAACUGUUCUAGCUGGUACGGAUAUCUUUUCACUUUAUUCAUUUUCCACUGAUCAGUCACUGUUACUGCAUAAUCAUGAUCGCAUAUAAUUCAAAUCCUUGUGAUGAAAACACAAUAAACGAAUCUAAUCUAAUAUCAAUAGCAAUCGGAUGAAAAAUUACGUUCCUCAUACAAUUCCUAUUCGAAUUCGUAUUUUGUAAAUAUCGCGAACCACUUAUUCAAAUAAUUCGUAUGGUUGAUGAAUUAUUUGAAUAUCACAUGAAUAUCAUUCAGAGAUUUCAGAGAAUAUAAUGAUUUUUCAGCAUGUAUAACUACAAUGUGUUUUUAUUUACUGAUAAAAUAAUACCUAGUCGUUAUGGAAGUAAAUCAUCUCCGGGAGAGAAAGGGCACACAAUUCAUUAAAUAGAACUGACCUGUUUAUGUUGUACACCCAAUACAUUCGAUGUGAGUCAUCAACCAUUAUUUAUAGUACAUGGAUGUAAUAAAAGCGUGAAUAAGGUUUUACUCACAAUUUCAUUAUUUGAUAUUAUUGAGUACGGCGCAAAAUAAA